AAGGGCGCGAAUGGUAGACGAAAAGAGCAUCAAAGGGGAGCGCUAGGGAGUAGGAGAGACUGGAAUCCGCGAGAUGAAGUUCAAAGCAUUCCUUACAGACAACGGAGUUGCUCUUCUAGAGAAGAGAUUCAUUCCGGCGCUGGACAAGAUGGGAAGGGUUUGCCACCUUUACCUCACCAGAGACCACGCGAUGUUCCUCCACAACCUCCUCAACGGCGACGGCGUGCAGUCCAUCGCUCAGUUCCGCAAAGAAUCCCUCUUCGACGACUACCGCAUUUCCAGCCAGAACGACGACCGCAUUGCCUUCCUUGUGGAUCUCGGCCUCCUCCAUCGUGCCCUCCGCAGUAGCGUCAACAUCAGUAUAGAAGGUGCCGCCGGUGCUGCUGCCACUUCCAAUCGCCUCCAGAUCAGGCUUGUCAAGAAGCAAGCCCCAAAUUCUCGCCAGCCCAUGCCUUUCCUCACCUUCGAGACCAAGGGCUAUAAAUCUGCAGUCAUACAAGAUGUUCCCAUAUCUAAGCCUCUGUCAAGAGCUGAUGUUAUGGAACUCCAAUCUGCUCUUGACAUGGCACAGGAUCUGCCCCAGACUCUGGUGCAGAUACCUGAUCUACUGCAGCUGCAAAACUUCGUGGAUCGUCUAAAGCAAGUAGGUGAUUUGCUUAAUGUCUCCAUAACCCAAUAUGGGGAUCUCCAUUUACAAGUUUCGACUACCCUGACCACUGUUGGUUCCGAGUUUCGGAAAUUGAGAGUUCUCGGAGUCCAAGUGGAAGCUCCUGCUGGGGAUCAAGUUCUCAGCGCUCAGUCUCGUAGAGAAGUGGCACUACAGAAGGGAGAAGCUCUUUCUGUGCAUGUGAGCAUGAAGCAUUUUACCAAGACUCUGCACUGUCACUUGACAAAGCCAGAUUGUGCUUUCUAUGGUAUAGCUCCACAGGGUUCUUGUUUGACUGUGAUAUUCCAGUUCUUCAUUCCUGGGACACGGCAGACAGAUAAAUCCAUCAGUUUACACUGCAGGCUUCCUGUACUUGACACUGGCUCUAGUUGAAUUGCUAUCAGUUUUCCAUUAUCCUGUCUUCCUCUUUACUUAGAGAACCUUCUGUAUGAUUCUAGUGAUCCAUUUAAUCUCUUCUGAUCAGGUUUGUUAAUUUCACAAUUCCAGUAUGUAGCCUGGAUGCACCAAAUCUUUUAAUUUCACUUGAAGUGCAUCAUGAUUUUCACAUUUUCUCUAGGGUAUCUCUUUUCAACCUAUUUAUAGAAAUGUAAAAUCAAAGGAAAAGAAAAUUCCGGUCACUGGGAUGUGCA